CCAGCAGCCUCUCUAUCAUUUAUUCGUUUUCUCUAUACACGCAUCACGCAGUUGGCGGCCGACUCCAUAGACGUAAUAAGCUCCACUCCAUUUCCGCACCUACUGCUAGAAAGGCGGCAAAGAUGAGCAAAGGCACGGCGGUGGCGGGAGCCAAAGGCGGGAAGAAGAAGGGGGCGACCUUCGUUAUCGAUUGCACAAAGCCGGUCGAGGAUAAGAUUAUGGAGAUCGCCUCGCUCGAAAAGUUUUUGCAGGAGCGAAUUAAGGUCGCCGGAAAAGCCGGAGCUCUCGGGGACUCCGUCACUGUAACUCGUGAGAAAAGCAAGAUCACCGUCACUGCUGAUUCCGCUUUCUCAAAGAGGUAUAUCAAGUAUUUGACUAAGAAAUACUUGAAGAAGCAUAACGUCAGAGAUUGGCUUCGGGUGAUCGCUUCCAACAAAGAUCGGAAUGUUUAUGAACUGCGCUACUUCAACAUUGCCGAGCAGGAGGGCGAGGAAGAAGAUUAAAAUGUGCAGUUUGGGCGUGAUAAGCAUAUAAGAUAGGAAGCCCUAACUUAACCCAAAACCAUGGUCAAAGGUAAAGGGUUGACUCCCUAUUAUAUGCUAUUCCACACUUUCGUGUGAAACCGAUGUGGGAUCGUAUCAAUCCAUCCCUCUUUUAAACCGGACGUCCACGGACGGCACACGCCACGGGCCCACCAUCCGCUUUACGGCCCUUUUUCCUUUCGGGCCCACGUUUUUUUCGGUGGCACCCCUUGGUCACACCUACGGGUAGCCCCUUUCCGUAGGACAUCCGGAUCCACGUUCACCGCACCAAAUUGAUAAGCAUAUAAGAUAGGAAGCCCUAACUUAACCCAAAACCAUGGUCAAAGGUAAAGGGUUGACUCCCUAUUAUAUGCUAUUCCACACUUUCGUGUGAAACCGAUGUGGGAUCGUAUCAGGGCGGGUUGCGAUGCUCCACUUUUUGGAUAAGUUCGAGUUGUUGGUUUUGCCUUUCAUCUAAAAAUUAACAAUUCCCUAGAUUUUGUGCUUGGAUUUUAGCUCUCUUAUUGCUUUAUUAUGUUGCUCGUAUUUCAUAUAAUUAUUCAGCAGCAGUAGAUCCCUUUUUUCAGAAGUGUAUUUUUGGUAUUGCUUUAUUGCCAAGAUGCUUAGUGCUUUCUGGAGUAUGUGUAUUGUGCGGCUUAUGAAGUUUUUAGCAAUUUCAUCUCAUCUCAUUUUCCAUUUCUACUCUUUCUAGUUUCAACUAUGUAAUGCUUUCUUUCAUCUUUCGAUAUGAAAUCCUCAUCCUGAUUCCCGACUA